AUGAUCGAUGAUACUUGCCAAUUAUCAGAAGCUGAAUACAAACAGCUGGUGGGCAAUCUAGAAGAGGUUAUUGCAACACAUACACAUUUAGUCACUUGCCUUGAGGAGCAGAGUGAGAGGCCCUCAAGAGACCAGCGCAUUGGAGGGGCAUUCCUUACCAUGGCUCCACAGCUUCAAGGGGUGCACAAGACAUACUGCACGAACCAUCCACGAGCAGUUUGCAUACUUGAAAAAUACAAAGAUGAACUAAACAGUUUUAUGGAAUGUCAAGGUGCAUUCAAGCCAGGAAUCAUGGUAUUGACAACAGCGCUGAGUAAGCCCUUCAGACGAUUAGACAAGUAUGCUGGGAUGCUGCAGGAGUAUGAACGGCACCUAGACGAAGGGCAUCCUGACAGGGGAGACACCCAGAGAUCAUCCCACGUAUACAAGGAGUUAGCGUCCACUUGUGGAGCUAUUAGACGGCAGAAGGAGCUGGAGCUGGAAGUGGUCACUGGGAGGGUCCACGGAUGGGAGGGUGGUGACUCCUUAGGGACGCUAGGGGAAGUGGUGAGGAUGGGGUCAGUUGCCCUCCUGCCAGACCACCGUGAUCGAUACUUAGUGCUGUUUCCAGCAACACUGGUUAUGUUGUCUGUCUCACCCAGAAUGAGUGCCUUUAUCUUUGAGGGAAAUUAUCCAUUAAGCAGUAUCCAAGUCACCAAACUGGAAGAUGGAGACCAUUACAAAAAUGCCUUUGAGGUCUCAG